AUGGAGACGGAUCACAGCGCAGGCCGUCGCGCCCGAGAGAUGUAUCGAUACUUUCGACCAGAGCGCCUAGCAACAAUCUCCGAGAAAGUUGCAUUAUCCAGCGGCACUCCGUCCCUGCGAGGUCAAGUAGCUCGCGAUGAUCAAUCCACCCAACAAAACAGUGACCUUUCAGUGUCAACGCAGCCAAGCACCACGCAAAGCUCGCAAGAAUCAUUGACUGCGUUGGGAUCUUUGCCCGACCCUAUGGUAUUGGGAGAAUCUAAUACGACAUUAAAUUCCUUUGCGCAAUUGGCUGCGUUACGUUUAAAUGUAGACCGGGUAUUCGUCAGUGUAUCCAAUCGUGAUUCGCAAUUCAUUAUUGCCCAAGCCGCUCAAAAUAUGAAAGGCGAUGUCAAAUACGAUUUCCUUGGUGACGGCGUGUAUACCGGUUGCUCGACACUCGAUGCCAGCUCAUGGAAUAUGUGCCAGGAUACCAUUGCACUAGCUCCAUCUAAUCGACUAACGGGGGAAUACAACUUCCUGGUAUCAAACGACCUCAGCCAAGAUGACCGCUACAAAACUCUCCCUUUUGUGAAAGAGGAGCCAAGCUUUCGAUUCUAUGCCGGGACACCACUCACAACUGAAAGCAAUAUCAAUUUGGGCUGCUUCUUUGUUCUGGAUACCAAACCUCAUGAUGAAUUCACCCAUUUUGAGAAAGAGACCAUGGGACACAUGGCAAUGCUCAUUAUGGACUUUCUCAAGGUCAGCCGUGAGGCGUCUGAGGGUCGCCGAGCUUCCCGCUUGUCUCGUGGUUUAAGUUGCUUCGUUGAGGGACACUCAAGCCUCGCGAGUAACGAACAAGACUCCACUGCGGAAAAAAACUAUCAAAGACCUGGCAGAUCACUCGAAACUAGCGCCAGUCGCAUCUCGAAAGACCAACUGGAUGUUCGCAGUCUCUCGUCUGGACGGUCUAUAUCUCGCGGCAGUAGCGCAUGCUCCUUCGACUCUGCCUCUGAACUAACGGAUGAGAAAUCUAUUCCAUCCAGCUUCGAUUCAAACUAUGGCCAUAACUGGCCCCAGGCCAAGGGGAAAUAUGACGGGGAGACUCAUCGAGGGAAUUCGUGGACAUUCCGACGGGCGGCCAACUUAAUUCGUGAAAGCCUCGAGCUGAAAGGAAAUGACGGCGUUGUUUUUGUUGAAGCUGGCAACGAUUUAAUGCACAAUAUUGGGUCUGACAGCGAGUUUUCGAGCUCAGUGGACAACAGCAAGGCCGUUACUGUUCUGGGGCUAUCUACAGAAGACGGUGGCAUGGAAAGGAAAACGCCUGUAUCCCGCUCGAUUACAAACCUCGACGAGGACUUCUUGCGUCGGCUGCUUAAUCGCUAUAGCAGAGGAAAUGUCUGGUCCUUUCAUAGGGAUGGCUUGUUAUCCAGCUCCGAUAGUGAGGAAUCCGAAGGAUCAUCUGAACCCCGUGGGAGGAAGAAUCCAUCUUUAAAACGAAUGAAGGCGCAAAAGAGGAAAACCACAGAGAAUUCGAUUCUCAACAAAGGCUUCCCCGGGGCAACCCAGAUUCUUUUCGUGCCCUUGUGGAAUCCGGCCCAGUCGCAAUGGUUCGGUGGCUUCUUCUGUUGGAACACGAUCGAAAGCAAUGUUUUCAACCCAUCAGUGGAGCUCAGCUCAUUAUUGGGGUUUGGUACUUCAAUCAUGUCAGAAUGCAGUCGGGUCGAUUCACUUAUUGCUGACCGACAAAAGGGUGACUUCUUGGGCAGUAUCUCUCAUGAGCUUCGCAGCCCUCUUCACGGAGUACUAGCAGCAGCAGAGAUGAUGCAAAGCACAGAACUAACGCCAUACCAAAGCUCAAUGAUGGAAACCAUCGAUGCUUGUGGCCGAACUCUGCUUGACACGAUGAACCAAGUUUUGGAUUAUAGCAAGAUCGUGUCCCUUGAGAAACAGCUACGGCAUUUGAAAAAGCGAGGGGGACCAGUCGCCCAAUCUCCAAAUGAAACAUCGCUCUGCGGCUCAUCUGGACCUGAAGAGGUAGUGGAAGGGGUGAGUCUUGGUCAUCAGUAUAGCCAACAACCUCAAUCUUCUGGUUAUGCGUCAAUGCCUUCAGCCCCAGGUGGUGUUUCUGAACCACACGUUCUCGUGGAUCUGGAUAUCGCGCAUCAUAAUUGGGUAUAUUCCACUGCACCCGGAGCCCUUCGACGAAUCAUCAUGAAUAUUUUCAGCAACGCAAUGAAAUACACCUCCGAGGGCCACGUUUCGGUGCGCCUUGAGGUAAAGGAAAACUCCGAAAACUGGCAUCAACAGACACAAAUGGCAGAUAUGGUGACAUUGACAGUAUCCGACACUGGCAAAGGCAUUUCUGACGACUUCCUCCGUGGGCGAUUAUUUGUACCAUUCGCGCAGGAAGAUACGCUAGCAAGUGGAUCCGGUCUUGGUCUUUCCAUUGUUCGCAGUCUACUCAAAUCACUGGACGGAAAUAUCAAUGUGCAAACCCAAGUUGGCAAAGGGACUACUGUCAAAGUCACUGUGCCACUCUAUCGUUCAGAGCCAGAUGAUUGUGUGAAUAAUAUACGCUCCAUGUCGCAAAUGCGGCGGCAAGAGAUGACGACUGAUCUGAACUAUAUUCGGAGAGACUUUCCUGGACGCAAGGUUGCCAUUCGGGGGCUGCAACCUGACAGCGUUUCGAAGCACCCAUUCUGGUCAACUAUCUCCCAUUAUCUAACCGAUUGGUUCGGCCUGGAACUGGUCUCACCAUCAUCAGAGGCGACCAUCGAUAUACUCCUGGUCGAUGAAAUUCCUUCGCAGUCCGAGAUUAACGAGAAACUCACCAGCAAGCCGUCAUUCUUGUUAGUGGAUACUAAAGGGGUUGGGCACGAUUCGAUGAAAGUCAAUUCGCUUCCGGCUAAAUUCGCGAAUAUCAUCCACCCUCCCUGUGGUCCACAUAAGCUUGGGAGACUUAUUCGAAAAUGUUUAGAGCAGCCACUUUCGCUUCCUGCUAUUUCUGAUCUCUACAUUGUGCCUGAAACCCCGAAUCCACCAGUCAACCAACAACCCGAAUCAAAACCUAACAGUACUUCGGGCGCUAUCAGUGCCACACCACCCCAAAAUUUUAACAACAAACACGAAGGCCGCAUUCUCGUCGUCGAAGACAACAAGAUUAAUCUCAACUUGAUGCUUACGUUCCUGAAGAAACGAAACAUACCGACUCUGGACUCGGCUGAAAAUGGUCAACUGGCCGUUGCCGCCGUGCAAGAAAAGGCCCAAGGCUACGAUAUCAUAUUCAUGGACCUAUCGAUGCCGGUCAUGGAUGGAUUCGAAGCAACGCGGAAUAUCCGUGCAAUCGAGAAAGAGCGCAAUACCGGUGAAAAACCGGCCAUCAUCAUCGCUCUUACUGGGUUGAGCAGUCAUAAAGAUGAAUCUGAGGCCAUCGAGUCUGGAAUCAAUUUAUUCUUGACAAAACCGGUCGCAUUCAAGCAAGUCACGAAGAUUCUCAAUGAGUGGCAAGAGAGAGGCUCAGUGGAGCCGAUGCAGGCAGCUCAACAUGAGGUUUCUGCAUAG